AUGUUGUAUCAGUUUCUUAUAUAUUUCUUUACAAUUGUUGUUGCAUAUCUCUUACAAAGAUUCUUUCCUAAAUUUUUCAGAAAGUUUAGACCUUUUACACUAGCUUGGGAUAUUGUAAUAAUAGAAUUCUGGUCAGCAAUUAUUGUUUCAAUUUUCAAAAACUAUACGGGAAGAGCAAGGCCAAAUGUUUUUGCUGUCUGUAAUAGUACCAACGUUAAUGGAAGAAAUAAUUGUUCAAAAGUAAAAAGUGAUUCAUAUUAUUAUGAUUUGUUCCAAAGCUGGCCAUCAGGGCAUGCGCAAAUGGGUGUUUCAGGCAUGACAGUUCUUGGACUUUUCAUUCAAAGAUUUAUAAAAACGAAAAUCAUGUUUGGAAUAUUAUUAGGUUCGGCUCCGAUUUUGUAUGGAUUUUAUGUUGGUGCAUCGAGAAUAAGAGACUUUAAACAUCAUCCUGAUGAUGUUCUUGCUGGUUUUGUUGUCGGAUUCAUUUGGGCUCUGAUUGGCUGGGAUGUCAUGCGGGGUUGUAUAUUCGAAGAAGAGACUGAACCAGAAAACGCACAAGAAAACUCUCAACCUGAAAAUCUUUACAAUGAAGAUAAAGAAGAAGACUCUGGUCCAGGAAUAAAUGUAUAA